AUGAACACACUCAAGCGGCCACGGCCACUCGGCCAUGAACCCGAGCCCGUCGAGGCCCUCGUUAAUCCAUCCCCUCUUGUGACAUACCCUUCCUAUGACAUACAGUUCACAGACCUACCCACCGGCGAACGCAUCAAUAUUGAGCAGACCGCGGCAAUCUACGGGCUUACUGGUUACUACGCGAUCGCGGUGCCGCGACCUUAUGAUUACGAACCCAGCCGGCCAUACGUUGUCGAGAAGCCCCCGUCCAUGGGGGUCAUCGCCUCUGGGGAUUUUAUCAACCCAGUUCUCAAGACACAUAGCCCGCCCUCGUUUGUAGAUGAAGCGAUACCCUCAACACGCUAUCUUGCAAGCUAUCCCGCGCUGCAACCCAGCUCCCAGGCCGGCGUGGGCCGGGUAGAUCCCCGAGACCAGAUGGGCUAUACGAGCCAGCCAAGCCCUACCGGGUACUACGACAACGAAGCCCAUUUUGCCCCUGCGUUAGCUCUGAGGACAGAGUUGCCGCGGUCCGAGACCAUGCUACAACAGCAAACCAUGGCUUCUUCCCAUCUCUCUCCGCAAUUUGCCAACCCCUAA